AUAAAUACCAGUGGGAAGGAGUCAAAGCAAAAAACAGGAUUUGAUACUUGCUGAGACAACUGGGGAACGAAUGGCAGAGUUAACCACCCUGUCUUGAGAUAAAUAUAAACUUGAUCUGAAGCACCACUUUCCCCAAAGGUUUCUGCCCGUACCUGUUCGUAAACCGUUGCCGGUAGCUUGCUGAAAGAAGGUUUACCUAUCAAUGGCCGAGAAAGAGGUUACAGCUCUGGUGGUGGACAAUAGCACCCGAACCUGCAGAGCGGGAUUUGCAGGAGAGGACGUUCCCCGAACAGUAUUUCCCUCCAUCGUGGGGUGGCCCAGGCAGCAGAGUGCAACGGACGGCACAGCCAGGAAGGCCUUUGUGGGCCACGAUGCGCAGAGCAAGAGGGACAUCCUGACUUUGAAGUACCCCAUUGAAAAUGGCUAUAUUACCAACUGGGAGGACAUGGAGAAAAUCUGGCACCACGUUUUCUACAAGGAAUUGCAGGUAGCCCCGGAGGACCAUCCAGUCUUGCUAACUGAGCGUCCCAUGAACAGCAAAGACAGCCGGGGGAAGAUGGCGCAGAUUAUGUUUGAGAGUUUCAAUACGCCGGCCGUAUAUCUGGCCAUCCAAGCCGUUCUCUCUCUGUACGCUUCUGGCCGUACCUCCGGAAUAGCUAUGGACAUAAAGUACGAUCGAAUGGACGCUGUCCCUGUCAGCGAAGGCUAUUCUCUCCCCCAUUGUCUCUUGCGCAUGGACGUCGGUGGCAAUGACCUGACGGAUUUCCUUAUGCGGAUGCUGAAUGAAAGAGGCUACCGCUUCAAUCCAGGAGAGAGGGAAAUUGUGGAAGACAUCAAGGAGAAGUUGUGCUACGUUGCACUGGACUUUAACAAAGAAAUGGCCAGCGCUACACCCUCCUCUUUGGAGAAGCCGUAUGAGCUACCUGACGGGCAAGCGAUCACCAUCAGCACUGAACGUUUCAGGUGCCCCGAAGGCCUCUUCCAACCCACACUGUUGGGCCGAGAGCUCUGUGGCAUCCAGGAGACUAUCUUUAAUACCAUCAUGCAAUGUGAGCGGGACUUGCGCAAUAUCAUGUAUAAAAAUGUAGUGUUGGCAGGUGGGACCUCCAUGUACCCCGGCAUUGCUGAAAGGCUGAAACCAGAGAUCAUAGCUCUGGCCCCCACAAACACAAAUGUCCGUAUCAUUGCCCCCCCAGAUCGCACGUGCUCAUCGUGGAUCGGGGGAUCCAUCCUGGCUUCUCUUUCUUACUUUCAGCAACAGUGGAUCAGCAAGCAAGAAUAUGAUGAAUUUGGCCCAUCUAUCGUAGACCGAAAAUGCUUCUGAGGUUUUUUUGCUGCUUCCACUCAGUGCCAUAACGUCUGCGUGUCAAAGUAGUAUCACUCACCUGAGAAAUGAUUGCUACGCUUUUAUGUGGGAUUGGCAACCUGCCACGUAACAGUUCUUUUAAGCAGUAACUCGCUUACAAUAUUGACUCUGUGAUCCUAGGGCACUAAGGACAGAAAAUUAAAGAAAGGAACAAUCAUAAUACUUGUAAAAUCCGAAACUGUAAUUAAUAUUGGUCGAAUAUCUUUUUUCCCUCUCUUAUUUAUAUUCAGUACUUUAAGGCACCUAAAUGAUAGAGUAUUAAGAAUCUAAAUAUAUUACAUAAAUAUCAUCCUAUUGAAAUAACAUAUUGUACCAAAAUUGAGAAGAUGGGGCAAUAGGUGGUCUAUAAGUUAAAGCGUUGAGCUAUAUUAACACUUUAUGGAUAUAUUUUCAGUUUCUCCCAAUAUUGCUGAUUUAAUCCCUAUUCUGUAUAUUCUUUUCUGAUUUUCUUAGCACUGUUGUAUUUAUGGUUGUCCUUCAUCAUGUCUUCUGGUUGUUAUAUCUCACCAGUAAUUUUUUUUUAAAGGAAGUUAAAGAAAAGAGGUUUUUGACCCCAAAUCGUCCUUUCUGCAUCUGUGGAUUUGGCCUUGUUUCCUAAUUGUGCAACUGAUACUGUCGUAAUACAUUGCAUAAUCCCGUAAGGGAACGGUGUUAAAGUAUCUUUGUAAACCUUGCGCGAUUAAUGGAAGAGUCUACAGCCUCUGUUAGAUGCUUUGUGACCUGGUUUGCUUCUAGUGGUUCCCCAUUUUUUGCAACAUAAGUAAAACCGGCUUAACGAUGAUAAAGGGAAAACUCCUCCCUUUAUCCAAAUGGGCUGUGUAGUCCUACGUAGAAUGAAAGAAACGGUACCCUCAACGUCCCUUGCCUGUGAAGGUUGUAAACCUUCUUUCACACAACGCCUUCACGACACCUUGCCUGCCGCAACCCUCGUGCACCGUUCAGAAUCCCUCCUGAUUUGCCCUGCGACAGUUUCCAGAAAAGCUACCGUCCCUUUCUUCUGGGCAUCUCACCCGUUCCAAUCUUAGGGAUGCAGUUGGAAAAGCUGAAAAUCGCCUCCAGAACAGGCCAGCGGUUCACAGAUGGAAGCAGUGACGGGUGGAGCCACAGCCCAGAAUUAUCCCUGAAAGGAACACAAUGGUUUGGAUUUGGAUAAAAUGCCAACCCAAAGAAAACCCUAUUGAUAUCUUGUUGUAUCUGCUGUGGCCUUUGUUUAGUCACAUCUGUCACUGUCACUUCCCUUUGUAUUUCUUCCAAUUCUUCUU